AUGACCAAACUGAGCGCCCAAGUCAAAGGCUCCCUCAACAUCACCACCCCUGGGGUGCAGAUAUGGAGGAUCGAGGCCAUGAAGAUGGUGCCUGUUCCUUCCAGCACCUUCGGAAGCUUCUAUGACGGCGACUGCUACAUAGUCCUGGCUAUCCACAAGACCGGCAGCAGUCUGUCCUAUGACAUCCACUACUGGAUCGGCCAGGCCUCAUCUCAGGACGAGCAAGGGGCGGCUGCCAUCUACACCACGCAGAUGGACGACUUCCUGAAUGGCCGGGCAAUCCAGCACCGCGAGGUCCAGGGCAACGAGAGCGAGGCCUUCCGAGGCUACUUCAAACAGGGCCUUGUGAUCCAGAAGGGGGGUGUGGCUUCUGGCAUGAAGCAGGUGGAGACCAACUCCUAUGAUGUCCAGCGGCUGCUGCAUGUCAAGGGCAAGAGGAACGUGGUGGCUGGAGAGGUGGAGGUGUCUUGGAAGAGUUUCAACUGUGGGGAUGUUUUUCUCCUGGACCUGGGGAAGAUUAUCAUCCAGUGGAACGGGCCGGAGAGCAACCGCAUGGAGAGACUCAGGGGCAUAACCCUGGCCAAGGAGAUCAGAGACCAGGAGCGGGGUGGCCGAACUUACGUGGCGGUGGUGGACGGGGAGAACGAGAAGGAGACCCCGAAGCUGAUGGAGAUCAUGAACCACGUGCUGGGCCCGCGGGGGUCGCUGAAGGCCGCAGUGCCCGACAACGUGGUAGAGCCGGUGGUCAAGGCCGCCCUCAAGUUGUAUCACGUGUCUGACUCAGAGGGAAAGCUGGUGGUUAGAGAAGUCGCCACGAGGCCCCUCACCCAGGACCUGCUCAAUCACGAGGACUGUUACAUCCUGGACCAGGGGGGCCUGAAGAUCUACGUGUGGAAGGGGAAGAAUGCCAACACCCAGGAGAGGACAGGAGCCAUGAACAUGGCACUGAACUUUAUCAAAGCGAAGCAGUACCAGCCGAACACACAGGUGGAGGUGCAGAAUGAUGGGGCUGAGUCAGCUGUCUUUCAGCAGCUCUUCCAGAAGUGGACCCUGCCCAAUCGGACUUCAGGCCUGGGCAAAACCCACACCUUGGGCUCCACGGCCAAAGUAGAGCAGGUGAAGUUUGAUGCCACAUCCAUGCACGUGCAGCCUCAGGUGGCCGCCCAGCAGAAGAUGGUGGACGACGGGAGCGGCGAGGUGGAGGUGUGGCGCAUUGAGGACCUGGAGCUGGUGCCGGUGGACUCCAAGUGGCUAGGCCACUUCUACGGGGGUGACUGCUACCUGCUGCUCUACACCUACCUCAUCGGCGAGAAGAAGCACUACCUGCUCUACGUUUGGCAGGGUAGCCAGGCCAGCCAAGAUGAAAUAACAGCCUCUGCCUAUCAAGCCGUCAUCCUGGACCAGAAGUACAACAAUGAACUGGUCCAGAUCCGGGUCCCGAUGGGCAAGGAGCCACCGCACCUCAUGGCCAUCUUCAAGGGACGAAUGGUGAUCUACCAGGGAGGCACCUCCCGGGCCGACAAACUGGAACCAGUGCCCUCCACACGGCUGUUCCAGGUGCAGGGAACCAGCACCAACAACACCAAGGCCUUUGAGGUCCAACCCCGGGCCAGAUUCCUCAACUCCAAUGAUGUCUUCAUCCUUAGGACCCAGUCCUGCUGCUACCUGUGGUGCGGGAAGGGCUGUAGUGGGGACGAGCGGGAGAUGGCCAAGAUGGUUGCGGACACCAUCUCCCGGACAGAGAAACAAGUGGUGGUGGAAGGGCAGGAGCCGGCCAGCUUCUGGGUAGCCCUGGGCGGAAAGGCUCCCUAUGCCAGCACCAAGAGACUGCAGGAGGAAACCCUGGCCAUCACCCCCCGGCUCUUUGAAUGUUCCAACCAGACCGGGUGCUUCCUGGCCACAGAAAUCCCUGACUUCAAUCAGGAUGACUUGGAAGAGGACGAUGUGUUCCUGCUUGAUGUCUGGGACCAGGUCUUCUUCUGGAUCGGGAAGCAUGCCAAAGAGGAGGAGAAAAAAGCUGCAGCAAUCACAGCACAGGAAUACCUCAAGACCCACCCCAGCGGCCGUGACCCCGAGACCCCCAUCAUUGUGGUGAAGCAGGGACACGAGCCCCCCACCUUCACAGGCUGGUUCCUGGCAUGGGAUCCCUUCAAGUGGAGUAACACCAAAUCCUAUGAGGACCUGAAGGCGGAGCUUGGAAACUCUGGGGACUGGGGCCAGAUCACUGUGGAGAUCACCAAACCUAAACUGGACGUGUUCAAUGCGAAUAGCAACCUCGUUUCUGGGCCUCUACCCAUCUUUCCCCUGGAGCAGUUGAUGAACAAGCCUGUGGAGGAGCUCCCCGAGGGUGUGGACCCCAGCAAGAAGGAGGAGUACCUGUCCACCGAGGAUUUCACCAAGGCCUUGGGGAUGACACCCACUGUCUUCUCUGCCCUCCCGCGAUGGAAACAACAACAACUCAAGAAAGAAAAAGGCCUGUUUUGAGAAGGAGUGGCUGUGGUUGGAGAGCAGUUCCCUACCCUGCUUGCAGUUUCCUUGUUUUCAUGACUGGUAUAUUAGUCCUAUACUAAUUGAAGUGAAAUUUCACCUGUGAGCAACCUAUUCUUCCAGAAUGGUACCUCCAUAAGGAGACUGUGGUCCCAAUUUCAGCUCUUAAGAAGGUGGUCACAUUGUUUCGACCCUGGGGUGUUAAUGUCACUUUUAACCAUCCUGUUCUAGAGCUCUCCCUCCUUAGAAGAGCAAACACUCCACAGAACAUUCUAAUUCUGAGGAGUCAUCCCUAGGUUUUCCUCUCCUGUAAGUUGUUUUUAACCAUGGAAAGCGGGCUGCAGCCUUUUGCUGUUUCACAUCUUUCCCAGAGUAAUGGCUUUUCCUUCUCACAUAUGUUCCUCACUGACUUGGAUGAGAAGUUAAAGGGCACUCCUUUGCAAGAGUUGAAUGGCCUGGGGAAGGGCCCCGUUAGGAAGUUUCACAACACUAACCUGUCCCCAGUGAGAGCAGCAUACCCACUGGGUCUAGAACAGAGGUCAUUUUCACCCCUAUCUGGUAAUAAUAAGGCAAAGGAAGAGCUUAGCUAAGGCCAAUGCCGAGUUUACAAAGUGUUAUCCAGAACCUCUGCCAAGCUUCCCGGGCUCCUCCAGUGAAAACGAGAACUCGGUGCUGCCUCCAGCCAUUUGUUGGUUUGCCCUUCCAUCUCCUUUAAGGUGUAAUGGUGCUGCAUUGAAAUCCAAGUCAGAAGGGAACAGAAAGUGAUUUCACAACCUCAACAAAUGGUUGUUAAGUGUCUGUAAGGAUAAGUCCUUUCCAGAAAUGACAGUCAAACCAACGCAAGGUUAAUAAAGGCUUUAAUUUCACACACACAAAAAACUCUAUGCAUAAUUUAAAAAGGAAACAAAAACAAGGAAAAACCGUAAAGGAUACAGAGGAACAGUUCUGCUAAAACACAGAUAAAGUGCCGCUCCAUACGAAACAACAUAAAGAAUCAGAAUCAAGUCACUCUGAACACAAAGAAAGAAAAUCACCUCACAAAUAACGUGGCCAAAGCUGCCAGCAAAUCUGGUAGUGGCUCAAUCAGGCAAAGUGUAGGACCCUUCCUUCCGUUUUCCUCUCCAUAGCGUUAAGUCAACCACACUGACAACAGGCCAGAGGAAUUGGGAUGCCAGGACAAGCUGAGAGAGGGCGGGGAACUGGGGAGAGGUGUGUGGUCUCACUCCCCACAUCCGCUCUGUUCUGGAAACAGGCCAGGUCAGUUGAUUGCUCUUGUUUUGGCAUGUGACCUGCCGAACUUGGGUCUUGAUCCAGAACCUCAACCCCUCUAUGGUUUCACCAGCCAACAUGCCUAUGCUUUGAACCUCUUAAUGUACUUUAAGAAAAGUCCAAUGUUACUAAAAUCAACUGCUUAUACUUAUACUGGCACACUUUUUAUUAAAAACUUCAAAACCUCAGACAUAUAGCACACAUGGAAAGAAAAAUUUACUGUGUAUAAAUAUGAUACAACGGAAAA